AUGGGCAGUUAUCGUGAUUCGUACUUCCAGUAUCAUCACCUGGUAGACUCUCACCAGAUCUUAUACAAUGAAUGGAAUCAGGAUGAGUUGCCGCCACCGGACGAACAAGAGAUUGGAAAUAACAAUCUGAAGAUGAAACAGGGUGGAUCAAAUAGUAAUAAUGGAACCAAUGGUAACGUCGAAGCCUCAGAGGGCGCUUCAAAGAGAUACAGCGGGCCAAGAUCGAACACAAACGCGUAUUGGGACUAUUUCCACGACGAAGAGGACUGGAACUUAUUUAAGAACGUACAACUAGAGAGUAAUGGAGUGGCUACUUUCAACCAGCCACCAGAUACGAAUGCACAAGACGAAUCAAAAGGAGCUCAGGCGAGAACUAACCCAGACUACGAAGCCUCCAAUGCCAUCACGGGAUCAAUCUUCAACAAUAAAGUAGUCAGAAUGGCUAUGGUACAAAACAGUAACUGGAACGAUUUAUCCAUGCCACAUCCAGAAUGA